AUGCCUGAAGAUAAAGAAGCACCUGUAUAUACAGCUGAAAAAAUUCUCCUCAAACGAAUACGAAAAGGUAAAGUUGAAUAUUAUAUCAAAUGGAAAGGAUGGGCUGCUAAAUGGAAUACUUGGGAACCUGAAAAACAUAUUUUAGAUAAACUACUUAUUGAAGAUUUUAAUAAUAGAAAUCGAAAACAACAAAAAAGUAAAUCAUUAGAUCGUAAUAAUGUAAAUAAACGUCAAACAAUCGCAAAAAAUCGUGCAAAUAAUUCACGUCGAACACGUCAUCUUCAAAGCUCAUC